AUGUCACGGAACCAGACGUCGAGUCGUCCCUGCGGCCCAAGCUCAGCUUGUGAUGCGGCAUGCUCCCGAACCACGGAGCCUGCUGUUCCAGCUGGACCGAUAGGUCCCCACCUGGUUGAAACACCAACUGAAAUGGGAAUUGGGUUUGAUACUCCGCUGACCUGGACCAUGUCUGGGACAUUCGUACAAUGGGAGCCCAUAGGGCCUUCCAGCACUACGUGCCGAAGUAUGGAAGAAUGGGCUGUUCGUAUACAGGCAGGUAUCCGGACCACAAAGCCACCCAGAGACUUUCUCACUCACAUGUGGAUACUUCGUUACGCUAACACUCUGAGGGAGUUUCGCUUUCUUGGGAACCAUGUCGAGCAACCCGUUUAUCCCUUCACCCUUCAUCACGAUCGUACCCCUGCUGAGCGAAGAAAGAUACACAAUGCCCCUCAGUAUCCAAAAAUUCCCCCUAUUCCCUCCCUCUACUGGUCGUCAAUCUCUCGUGUGCCUCUCGUGUUCUCACACAAUGCACCGUAUCGUCCAUUCAUUCAUCGCACUUCACUUGAUCCCCCACUUCCUGGUCCCUCGGUUGUCGAAAACCACCGUGGCGGAAAACAUCUUAGCAAUGAAUAUAUUCUCCAGGUCGAAGCGUUUGUACAGUCUCAGUUCGACCUAUUCUCGCGGUGGGAUGCGAUCCGGGACACGUUUUCGUUAGUUGAGGCGUAUGGGGGGAAUAUUGAAGGGCUAGUCAACAACGUAGAUGAAGUGCUUACGUUUGCGUACGAGUUGGGUGGCGUUGGUCGAUGGUACUGUCAUUGUCACAUCGAGCGGCUCCUUCAUGAACACGAUGGCGAUUAUUUCUUGGGUGUGGACGACGAGCUGAUAGGUGUUGUGUUUGAACUCCCUUUCGCAGACGACUGCCCAUCGUUGAGGACAAGAAUGGAAAUGCUGUCCCGUCACGGUGUUCCUGUUUUCGGUGUUCAGGUCGUUGGGAGUGGGGGUAGUCUUCGGCAAGAUUUUGUGCCACAGUGCGGGACGGAUUUUAAAACUUACGCGAUGGCAGUUCAGUCUGCAUCCCUUCCAGCAGUACGGCCAAGGGGCAUCAUUUUCAAGCAGCUCAAGUUCACACCUGCUCGCCCAAUACCCUGGAUCAUCAGGCCAACCCAUGGCUACCCUGGUUUACGGGACCCCUCAAUCACGAUGGAAUUGGCCCUUGCAGACGUACUUUAUCCUAGCCAUAAUCCGCUUUACACAGAAGGGGAACUGUGUCGGUUGAUUAAAUCUUUUUUCGGCCAUAACCUCUUUCCUGUCAUGCCUCCUCCAUCCCCUCUGCCGCGGCGUCCAUCCUCCCCUACACUUAAACCAGUGCGUACCUGGCGCGAUAGUGUUGGAGGCUCUAGCGACGACGAAUUUUAUCCUCAUUUCGAGCCUCCCCGUCAGGAACAUGAUGAGGACUCGUCCGAUUAUGAAGAAAGGGUGACUGUGGCGGCUCGAAAGUUUUCAGAUGAGCAGCGGAGUGUGGAUGCUGCCUGCCAACUCUUGCAAGAUGCGCGGGACGACGACAGAGAUGCCAUUGAAAGAUGCCAAGGGAUUUGGGAUCGAGGACAUGGGAAAAAGAAGAGGCAACUGUCGGCCCAUGAUUACCAUAUCGUCAGCAAUUGGCAUAAGUACAGACCUGAUCGAGAGUUUGCCAAACGCCCUCGAAAGAAGCUGAAAUUAUGGGAUCAUGAUGGACAUCGGGACGAUGGUCGAGAUGGAUUACCGUUGCAGCGUGAAGACGUCUGCAUGGGGCCUGCGAUGGACCUUGAGAUGAAUAAUAUUGACAAAGGUUCCAAGCGCCAUCACGUGUCCAUCGGCCGCAUUAAUCCACCAGCUAUUGUCUCAUUGUCUCCUUCACCUCCUACCCCCGCCUCCAGGUUGUCUCCAGGAGACACUUGUUUUGACCCCAUUUGUAUUGAGACUUCGGAUUCCUCAACCCCUGUCGACCAUCCUUCACGCCCAACAUCACCAUUGUCGAAGAUCCUGCUCGAGGAGUGCAUGACACGCCGUGAAGGACCAAAAUCAUCUUCCGGAUCUGUGACUAGCUCCCGACCCUCCGGUCGCCCUCCGCUCAAUCGUUUUCCAUUGCCGAAUCCCAUCCCAUCCAGACAUGGUACAACGCCGAGUCAUGGUGUUCCUCUCACUUCUGCCGCCUCGAGGGUGUCAGACAACGACUUCGUCAAAAGUGCCAAUUCCGCGGUGAGGAGGCCGAUGCGUCCUGGGGACAGCUGUGUCGCUGCCUCCCCACUGGCUGCGCCGGGAAACCUCCCUCUGCCGAAUGUGGCGACACCACUGGCCGCAUUGCCGAGCAAGGGCAGUCAAUCCGUGGAUUCAUUCUCAAGGCCGAACAAUGAAAGCCAGAAGGCAUCAGACAGCGGCCUUGCCAAGAUUGCGGUGGCGAGGGAGCCGACACGUCCUCUUGUGACUAUUGGGUAUCGUGCUUCGCUGCCGAAUGAGGGUGGCCGUGUGGCUGCUCCCUCGCAGUCAGUUGGCAUGCUCAGCUCAUCAAUUCCAGCGCGUUGGCCUGUGGUACCUCUAGGCCACUGGUAUCGCCUUGUGGUAGAUGAGGUUCAGGACCCGGAGUUGCUCUGGCUGGAAAAGUGCAGUGCCCAAGGAGUCUACGCAGCACAUCGUGCGAGGAAGAACGGGCGUCGUGAGCCACCGUCUAUGGAGCUGCUCUUUAAGCGUCUUGCUGAUCGUGAUGGAAUGGCUGACAAGUUGCGUUCGGAGGGAAGAGCUUGUUCAUCAGAUAUGUAUGUCGGCUCGCUCCUUAAUUACACAUCCACAGUGGAUUUGCUAUAUGUGGAUAUGGCAUUUACGUGCAAGCAUGCUGAUAUUCCAGCUAUCAUCGGUACUGCACCUCCGAAGGCGAACAAGUCCCUGUACCAACACCCUCCCCCCAACGAAAAUGAUCGUACACGUCCUAUGCAAUGCAUCACGUUUUCAGCUGCCUGGCUACAAUCUAGAGUGUAUCAGGAGGCUUCCGAUACUGAACUCCAUCGUUUUGAGGUUCUUAUUGGUGCCCACUCUCUCCAGAGUCAAGGUCUGUUGAAAUUCUCUGUGCCUAUGUGGCCAACGUCAGGCCCUAUGGAUGGUGUUAUUCGCCGUGUUGCACGCUGGGCUCAUGAAGAGAUGACGAGGAAUGCUGAAGAACCGCGUAUCAUCGAGUCGAGUGCGGAAAUGCUUCAAUAUCACCCUAAGGGUAAUAAUUGGCAAAUCGUGCUUGAACUGAAUCUUGGUAGGCCUCGCUACAUGAAGCACGUCUCCGAGCCGUGGACUCAUCUUAUUUGA